AUAAUCAUGAGCAUUAUAUUCAUGGCUAACAGCUAUUAAUACGUGUAUAAUUAUGAUGCAUGUUAUUGCUGCACUUGGUCGAAUUUCAAUAGAAAUGUACAACAAAAAAUUACAUGCUGUCAACAACAUUCAGGAACUGAGUUUCAAUGUUGUCCAUUGUGUCAUGCAACACCUGAUAUUUUUGUCAACUUGAAAAGCGAACGACGCAACUUACCUUAAAAGGAAGCUACAGAAAUGACAGGCAGUUAGAAAGCGCCUCAAAUAAGACUAACUAGUGAGAUAUGAACACUCUGCUAUUGAUUGCAAUCCUCUUUGUUGCUUUUAAAGCUGUUCAAGGCUGCAUUGAUGGAAAGGUACAGAGACUAGAUGAUGGUAGAGUCAAUGUUUGCUCUGAUCAAAAAUGGAAAACUGUAUGUGAGAAAAACUACCAAUGGAGUGUUUAUCAAGCUAAUAUUGCUUGCAGACUGCUGGGCUACAAUAAUAAUGGUACAUUCUUCAGUAUAAUGACUGUAUGCUUUGCUAGUCUUUGGGUCCCACAGGGGGAAGUGUGAGACAAUCAUGCUUUCCCUCAACUCGUCUGAAUUACAUUGAUGUUAGUGAGUGUAGUGGAACAGAGAAUACUUUUGAAGAAUGUGGAAUCAACCAAAGAGAUUUGGUGAUUGUUUAGAUUGCAGUGGUGGCAAAAGACAUCCUGGAGUAGUGUGUCUACGAGCCGACUGUGCUAAUGGAGAGAUAAGACUGGUGGGUGGGUCCAGCGUGAGAGAGGGACGAGUGGAGGUGUGUGUGGGCGGUCGCUGGGGAACUGUUCAAAACAAUAAUUCCCAACUGGUUGAAUUUGUUUGCUCUACACUGGGUUUCCCAACUGAAGGUUCAAAAUCAGUCACUACUUUUGGCAAUGGAACAGCUCCAAUAAGAAGCUGUGUAAUAAUAAACAGCAUCAUUCACUGUGUGGACAUUGCAGACCAGUCUGUUGAUAAUUCCAUGGAUCUUGGUGUUGUGUGCAAGACACACCAAGAUGUUAUCAGUUCAGUUAUUAAUAGGACAAUCAAUCAAACCCUUCAGACGUGUCUUGAACAAACCAUGACCAGCGGAACAAAUCAGCCAGCCACCACCAGCAGUGAAGUAGACCAAUUCAUUACAUUAGCUAAUAAUGAAAUGGUCGGAAGCUGUCCUACUGUCGUCUUGGGAGGAGUGAUUGGACUUCUGGUGGUUGCACUCCUAGGACUUGCUAUUGGAUUGACUGUAACUUGUUGUGUGUUGUGGAAACGCAGGUCACAGAAACAGCAAGCUGAGUACAAUACUUCUCAAGUGCAAGAGCUCUCAACAAUUCAACAACAACUGAACAACCCAGUGGACAAUGUAAGCAUGGAACCAAAUAAUGCCUACAGCUCCAGUGGACCCUUAUACGAACAAAUUGUCAAUGGCAAUGAGCAAGACCACACUGCGGUAUCCUGACUUCUUCACAUGUAUUUAUGUAUUCCUCUAUUCAUUGGUAUCCUUAUAAUAAUUAUGUAGAAUUUUCUUCAUAGAUUGUGUGUUUGGUCUCAUGCUUACUUAUCUAGCUGCAGUUAACUCCUGUUCAACUUGUUUUUUCUGUUCAUGUGUCUGUGUUUCUUAUUCAGUCAGUCAUUUCGCCAGG